AUGGCUACUGGAAAUAUCAGCGAAAUGCUCCGCGAAGGAGGUUACGACCCGCACCACGAUCUUCUUUCCAAGCUGCCCAACAACGUUAAGAAACGUAUCAGUGCUCUCAAGUCUCUUCAGAUUAAAUCUAUUGAGGUCAGUCAGGAAUAUUUUAUUUCUCAAAUGAGAUCUCGAAUGUCAUUUUUAACAUAUUUGAAAAAAAAAAUUGCCAUAGUGUCUGGGCAAGGUAGGCUCUGUUAUGGAGCACUAACUUAAUCCACUUUUGGCUAAAUAAUUUGAGCAGAGAUAAUCCCUGUUGGUUUUUUCAUGAACACUUCAGUUUCAUGCCUUUGCUACAAUAUUUCUUUUACAGCUUGAAGCUGAGUUCUACUCCAGAGUUCACGCUUUGGAAAGGGAGUUCGAAGUCAAAUUUGCGCCCCACUACGAAGAGGUAUAAAUAUUAUAAAGCGGCUGAAUUUAAAUUGUUUUGAAAUUUCAGCGAAGAAAGAUUGUUAACGGUGAGCGCGAUCCUACCGAGGAGGAGGGAAACUACCCACUCCUUCAUGGAGCGGAUGAGCAUGAAAUUCAGGUUUUUAUUCGAAAAAUUCAUAAAUCUUCAUCUUUAAAAUUUUCUAGUCCUUGUACUCCAAUUCGGAUCCUGACACUGACGCCAAGGGAAUCAAAGAUUUCUGGCUGACGGUUCUCAAGAACCACGAAGCCCUCAAUGACAUGAUCCAGGAGCAUGACGAACCCAUCCUCUCUUACCUCACUGAUGUCACUUCCAACAGCACCGAAAACCCAUCGGUAUUCUUUUCGUUCAUUAAUCUUAUCAAUUUUCAAUGUAAUUACAGAAGUUUGUUCUCAACUUCCACUUUGCCAGCAACCCUUACUUCAAAAACUCCGUUCUCACCAAGGAAUACAUUUUGAACAUCGCCAUCGACAAGAACGAUCCGUUCAACUUUGACGGACCACAAGUAGAGCGAAUCAACGGGUAACUUUUUUGAUUUUAAUAUUAAGUAGAAUGGAUUUCUUUAGAGCCAAGAUCGAAUGGGAAGAUGGCAAAGACGUCACCAAGAAGGCUGUUAAGAAGAAGCAAAAGCGAGGAGCUAACGCUGGAAAGUACUUGACCAAGACUGUCAAGGCCGAAAGCUUCUUCAACUUCUUCGAGUCUCCUAAGAAUGAAGACGAGAAGAACGAAGAUGACGAGGAGGAUCAUGAUGUGAGUUAUUUUCUUGUUUUUUGUUUGUCGUUUGAACGCCACAGUGUCUGGGCAAAGUAGGCUUUUUUCGUCGAAGCACUAACUUAAUCCACUGAUGGCUAGAUAAUAUUUGCAGAGGUAAUCCCUGUCGAUUCAUUGAUGAAUACUUCAGUUUCAUGACUUUGCAACAAUCCUUAAUAUUUCAGAACAUGGAAGACAUCUUGAUCGCUGACUACGAAGUCGGACAAAUCAUCCGGGACACCGUCAUUUCAAGAGCUGUUCUUCUCUACACCGGAGAGUUGGCAACUGAAGACCCAGAUAUGUUCGAUUUUGAUGGGGAAGACGGCGAGGGCUCCGAAGAUGAAGAGGAUGAGGAAUAA